AUGGAACCACAUCGUUCUGUCCACUAUAACUUGAUUUCUUAUAUUUUUCUCUCUUCUUCGUCGACCCUGUUUUGGUGUAGUUUCUUUCUUGUGUUGUUGUUUACGACAACCACAAAUGCUUUAGUGAAACUUCCAGAAGACAAAACUAUUCCGGCGGUAAUAGUGUUCGGAGAUUCAAUUGUCGAUGCUGGUAAUAACGACGAUAUGAUAACGGAGGCUAGAUGUAAUUAUCCUCCUUAUGGUAUUGAUUUCGACGGUGGAGUUCCUACGGGAAGAUUCUCCAAUGGAAAAGUCCCCACUGAUAUUUUAGCGGAAGAAUUAGGGAUUAAACCAAAUAUACCGGCAUAUCGAGAUCCAAAUCUAAAACCAGAAGAUCUCCUAACCGGUGUAACAUUUGCCUCUGGUGGUGCUGGUUAUGUUCCCUUGACAACACAAAUAGCGGGAGGAAUACCAUUAUCACAACAACUGAAAUAUUUUGAAGAAUAUAUAGAGAAACUGAAUGGAAUGGUUGGAGAAGAGAGGACAAAGUUCAUACUCAAGAAUAGCAUGUUCGUUGUUAUAUGUGGUAGCAACGAUAUUGCAAACGACUUCUUUGGUCUCCCUUCGGUUCGUCUCCAAUACACCGUUGAUUCUUUCACUGCUCUUAUGGCCGAUAAUGCUCGCUCUUUUGCUAUGUCACUCUAUGGAUAUGGAGCAAGAAGAAUACUCAUGUUUGGUGCACCACCAAUAGGAUGUGUUCCAUCGCAGAGAACUGUGGCAGGAGGACCUACAAGAGAUUGCGUUGUUAGGUUUAAUGAUGCAUCAAAACUUUUCAAUACUAAGCUCAGUGCAAACAUGGAUGUCUUAUCAAGAACCUUACUCGACUCGACUUUAAUCUAUAUCGAUAUCUACAGUCCUCUUCUUGAUCUCAUAUUAAACCCUCGACAAUAUGGGUUUAAGGUGAGCAAUUUAGGAUGUUGUGGAACCGGACUAAUAGAAGUGACGGCUCUAUGCAACAACUAUACAGCGGCUGUAUGUCCAAUAAGAUCUGAUUAUGUGUUUUGGGACAGCUUUCAUCCCACUGAAAGAUCUUACAGAAUUAUAGUUGCAAAACUUCUUGAUAAAUAUCUCCACACGCUAAUUGCUUUCGGUGACUCCAUUGUCGACACCGGAAAUAAUAACAAUGUCAAAACCGUAGUCAAGUGUGAUUUUCAGCCUUAUGGUAUCAAUUUCCAAGGCGGAGUUCCCACCGGGAGAUUUUGCGACGGACGAGUCCCCGCCGAUUUGAUAGCCGAAGAAUUGGGAAUAAAAUCAGUUGUACCUGCAUAUCUUGAUCCAAGUUUAAAGCCUGAAGAUCUGUUAACCGGUGUAUCAUUUGCGUCAGGAGGCUCUGGCUACGAUCCUUUAACACCCAAACUCGUGGCAGUUAUAUCAUUAGAAGAGCAAUUAAAAUAUUUCGAAGAGUACAUAGAAAGAGUGAAGAAUGUAGUUGGGGAAGAAAGAAAACGCUUCAUAUUAGCAAACAGCUUAUUCUUAUUGGUCGCAGGCAGCGACGACAUAGCCAAUACUUACUAUGUUCUCCGUGCAAGACCUCACUACGAUGCCGAUUCGUACACUACUCUUAUGGCCACCUCUGCCACCAAUUUUGUGAAUAAACUAUACGAAUACGGAGUGAGAAGAAUGGCCGUGUUUGGUGCACCACCACUUGGUUGUGUACCAUCACAGAGAACCUUAGCAGGAGGUCUUUUGAGAGAGUGUGCUGAGAAUUACAACGAAGCAGCAAAGCUUUUUAAUUCAAAGAUCUCCAAAAAAUUGGAUUUGUUGCAUAAAACUCUACCGGGUAUCAAACCGGUCUACAUUAAUAUCUAUGACCCUCUACUUGAUAUCAUCCAGAGUCCUGAAAAAUACGGAUUUGGAGUUUCUAAUAAAGGAUGCUGUGGAACCGGAGUCAUAGAAGUUGCUGUCCUGUGCAAUAAAAUCACAUCUUCUGUAUGUCCCGACGUGUCAAGCCAUGUGUUUUGGGACAGUUAUCAUCCCACAGAAAAAACUUACAAAGUGUUAGUCUCACUCUUGAUCAGCAAAUUUGUUAAUCACAUGAAAGACAAUACAAGCUGGUCUUGUUCUUGUUAUUUCUUGACACUAUGCUUGUUGUCCGUUCUCGUUCUCACUGAAACAGUCGUGGCCAUAAAGCUGCCCGCAAAUUUGACGAUUCCAGCGCUAAUAGCUUUCGGUGACUCCAUUGUCGACACUGGAAACAAUAACAAUAUCAAAUCCGUAGCUAAGUGCAAUUUUCAGCCUUACGGUAUCAAUUUCCAAGGCGGAGUUCCCACUGGGAGAUUUUGCGACGGCCGAGUCCCCACCGAUUUGAUAGCUGAAGAAUUGGGAAUAAAAUCACUCGUACCAGCAUAUCUCGAUCCAAGUUUAAAGCCUGAUGAUCUGUUAACCGGUGUAUCACUUGCGUCAGGAGGUUCUGGUUACGAUCCUUUAACACCCAAACUCGUGGCAGUAAUAUCAUUAGAAGAGCAACUAAAUUAUUUCGAGGAGUACAUAGAGAAAGUGAAGAACAUAGUUGGGGAAGAAAGAAAAGACUUCAUCUUAGCAAAUAGCUUAUUCUUAUUGGUCGCAGGCAGCAACGACAUAGCCAAUACUUACUAUGUUCUCCGUGCAAGACCUCUCUACGACGUCGACUCGUACACUACUCUUAUGGCCAACUCUACCACCGAUAUUGUUACUAAACUAUACGGAUAUGGAGUGAGACGAAUAGCCGUGUUUGGUGCACCACCACUUGGUUGUUUACCAUCACAGAGAACCUUAGCAGGAGGUCUUUUGAGAGAGUGUGCUGAGAAUUACAACGACGCAGCAAAGCUUUUUAAUUCAAAGAUCUCCACAAAAUUGGAUUUGUUGCAUAAAACUCUACCGGGUAUCAAACCGGUUUACAUUAAUGUAUAUGACCCUCUUCUCGAUAUCAUCCAGAGUCCUGCAAAAUACGGAUUUGGAGUGUCUAAUAGAGGAUGCUGUGGAACCGGACUCAUAGAAGUUGCUGUCCUAUGCAAUAACAUCACAUCUUCUGUAUGUCCCGACGUGUCUAGCCAUGUGUUUUGGGACAGUUAUCAUCCAACAGAAAAAACUUACAAAGUGGUAGUCUCACGUUUGAUUAGCAAACUUGUUGAUAACUUUGUCUGA